AUGUCAGGCAAAGAUGAAAUUAAGCGUCAGAUAGCCGCUCUCCAAGCUAAACUUGCCGAGGCCCCAGAUUCCCCACCAGCAAAGAAACGGAGGACCGACCCAGUCACAGUACUUGCACCUUCAACGCCAUCUCGAAAGAAAAAUACUACUCACGAUGCCGUUCAGAAACCCACGGAUCUGUCUCGAAAGGUGCAACGAACGCAACAGUCGAAAUGCCCAAACGUCGCACAAGGACAAUCGACCACCUCACGUGUUGCCUUGAAGCAAGAUGAGCGGGCGAAUAGCUCAACGCCUGCAACUUUUAUCUCGCAGCUUAAGUCAAUCAACUCCAAUAAAGGUGAAGGUCAUGAGCGUGCGGCCCGUACGGACGGCUUCGAAGAGAAGCCCGCCCUUGCACCGACGAAUUCAGAGACAACUACAGCACCAGUUCGGGAUGACAGACUCGCUAUAGUAGAGGACCUUGUGCCAGGGCCAGUCGACCAUAAACCCGCUGCGGAUGAUCCAGACUUCGAGAAAUUAGAACCCAAUUCUGGAAUAAGAUUGAAAGAAAGGGUACUUCCGCACGCUGCGCUCCAGGAUCAUCUGACCGGGCGUUACUUUCUGCCACCAUCUCUACUAUACUCUGUUGUUCGCCUCCAGCCAAACAAACAAGGCUAUGACGUCCCGGUCGAAGGCGACUGGGUAACAAUAGCUGUUGUCGCGGACCGCGGCGAUGUCAAAAUCACUAGCGGACCCGGGACUUCGACUUACAGCAAGCGUCCGGAGGACGAAGAUUCUGGCAAUUCCGAGAAGAAGAACAACCCGGAAAGGAAGAAAUAUGUCCACCUCAAACUCAUUGAUCUAGGCCAUCGUUCGCGGUCCUCGUCUUCCGCGGAUUCACCUAGGGGGACUUUGCGUGGCGAUGCGCAGUUAUCCUUACUAUUGUUCGAAUCCGACUAUUACGACAAACUAAUAGACAAGAAUGGCAAAAAGGAGUCUGUACGGAAACUAUGGCGUGGAGGGAGUGGCGGUGCCUUUGAGGAGUGCUUCCCGAGAUUAAGGGAAGGCACAGUCAUCGCUCUCCUCAAUCCGAAGGUCCUAAAGCCUUUCGCGAAUACUAGGAAUCCUUCGCCGACUUCUUCUAUCCUAGCUCUCACACCAUCCUCUGCAUCUGCUGUCGCCGUUGUCGGCUACGCUGCUGACCUGGGCAAAUGUACCGUACAACGGCGAGAUGGGAAACCCUGUGGUGCCUGGGUUGACAGGCGCGUCAACCGUGUUGGGGCCAACUCAACGCAUGCUGAAGACGUAUGUGAAUAUCACAUUCAGGCUGCGGUGCAGCGCGCAAGGUCAGGGCGACCGGAGUUCUCGGCUGGGACGUCUGGAAUGUCGACGACGGCUAAUAAACGCAAGGCAACGUACGAUCCACAACGGCAAUGGGGUCUGAAACCCGAAGCCGCAAAUCGCGGAGUGGAUGGUGAGACAACAUAUGUCGUCGGUGGACUUGUUGCAUCGUCCGGCAGAACGCAGACCAUUAGUAAUGUUGGCGAGGUGAUGGGGCGUGAGGAGCAGGCCCGUGCCCGCCGAAAGGCAGGAGUGAGAGAGGACAAAGCAUUGUCCGAGCUCCUUGUCAAUGGUAAAACCCAUUGUGCGAGAGGUGACAGUGGCGAUACAUCGAGGGAGGCACUGGCUGUGGUGAACAGAGCGCGUAUGAUGAUGUCGAAUGCCCGAAAAACCGGCUUCGAUGAGUCGGAGACAAACAGUAAGGGGAAGGAUAAUAUUGCAUCAACGGAGGGAAAUGACGUUGAGCGACCUCAACGAAAGACAUAUUCCGCUGAGAUGGUCAAACGCCUCGGUUUCAAUCCGACGGCCAAGCCGUAUGGCCAGAUUGGUUCUAGAAUGAGCGCGAAGAAAUCGGAUGCGAUAAAUAAAUUGGCAAGUCACGACCGUAAGAUUCAGCUGGGACCACCUCCAGGACCUAAAGUACGUUCUGGAGUAACUGCACCACCUUCGUCGUUCACGAAAACUCUGGCGACAAAUACAACGGCCAACUCGGCAACUGCCAGGCUGGAAGUUGGAACUGAUGAUCAUCACGCUCUGGAUCCAAUGACCUGCCGUCCCAGUGUUCUACACGGUACUUUUAAAAAGGAUGUCAUCAGCGGAGCUUCCGACCUAACUACCAAGGUCGAAAAUGAUUCGGAUAGCGACCUUGAAAUCGAACCUCUCCAGGCUCAAUGGACAAAAGGCAAGACAGAGCGGGACAUGUAUAAUUAG